AUUUUCAUUAAAAAUAACUUUAAAAGCAUCUCAAAUUUUAAUUCAAACUUCAUCUUUUUAUCACUGUCACAACCAAAGCAGCUGAUAUCUUUUGGGUCUGUUUAUACGCAGUCGAUUAGACCCAAGGUUAAUAUAAAACAGGAAAUAAUAUAAAUUCGGCUUUUGAGUGCAUAAUUUUUAUACUCGUUCACAUCAUCUAAAUACAAUUGUCUUUUAAGUUGUUGAUUUAUUCUGUAGUUAGAACCUAAAUCUUAAAAACAAUGAAAACAUAUUAAAAAUUUCAUUAAAUUUAUGUUAAAUAUAUAUUUCAUAUCUAAUAAAUAAAACCCGCGAAGAUUACUACCACAAAAUUACCCAAGUUUUGAUAACAGUAAAAACAUAAUCCAUUCGUGGUAUAGUGGUAUCACGUUUUUGAAAAUACACGACACGGUGUAGUGUAGUCCGUGAGUAUAACUAUCUACAACCUUGAGCAUGAAUCAUAGACCUAUAAAUAUUAUCAGGUCUAUGACAUGAACAUAAUAUUAUUUCAAUAAUAUAUACUCAUAUUUAGUGCUUUUAGCAUAAUUUCUCUGUUUAAACCAUUACUCAUAAUUUAAACCGUGGUGAUCAACACGGACAUACAUAAAAGAUGAAAACGGCGACAGUGAAAGUAGUUCUGGCUGCCACAGAAAAUGAUAAGGUUUGAUAAAUUUCAGAAGAAAUCAGACAAAAGAUAAUCGAAAACUAACCAAAUUUGAACCGUUAUCGAUUUUUUACUCACCGGUGUACUCAAAAAAUAAAACCGGUUUAUUCAACCGAAUUUCUCUGAAUGUCUGUUUUUCCCACCGGUUCCCUCAAAAAAUUCUACGGUUCGCACCGGUGUUUAUUUUUUAGACACCGGUGUUUAUUUUUUAGACACCGGUUUGUUUUUUACACACCGGUUUGGUCUAUCGAAUUUCUUGAUAGUUACAACCAUAGUCAUAUGGAGACACAAUGGAGAGAUAUGAUCUGCCUUUAUUUGUCUAUGAUGUCAAUGGCGAUACGGCUUGGCGAUUUAUUGUCUUACACAGAGAUCGACUAACUAAUUAUUUACCUAACUAAUAAUUUUUCUUAUUAUUUGAUUAUUAUACAUUAUAAAAUUAAAUACGUGCCGAACAAGAACCGGUUGCUCCUCGUGUUGUGAUUAGUGACUGCUGCUAGCUGCGGUUAUAAAAGCGUACGUAAUGUAGUUUAAUAAUUCUGGUUUCACAAACGUGCAUUUAAACAUCACAUAUGUACAACAAAAAAAUCAUUAAUAUAUAAAUUAAUACAUAAAAUGUAGGUAAAUUAUUGUGUGAAACUACACACUAAGUUUAACUGCACAAACUUUAGUUUUGGCAAACUAAUUAAACGUGUAUAUGGAAAUCGUUAGACUGCUCAGUUCGAAAUUUUGCACUGAGUGAGACACAAAUAAAUUAAUAGUAUCAUGCGAAAAAUGUAGUGUAUCAUAUAUUAAUUGCCAUUUUUUUUAAUGACAUAUCUCGAGAACAAAGAACUACUGUUCAGUAAAUGACAUUUCUGUUACAGUAGUAAAUUAGGACAGAACAAAAAUUAAUGUCAAUAACUGAACAUGUAAACCUAAAUAAUUUAAUCAGUUUGGUUAGAUAAAUGGACUACACAAAACAUGACUUAAUUUGUUUGUGCAGUUUAACUGAGCACGUGAACAGGCCAAAACAGUAAUUUUCUUUAUAAUUUUAAUUUAAAAAAAUUGUUCAAGAAGAAACUUUUGGAACCCUUUACUACCAUUUUUACCUUUUUAAAAAUCUGAAGUGCAUAUAAAUAUAAAAACAAGUUUCAAAAUGAAAUUCAAUUUUACAUAAUAUUUUUAAUUUUCUAACAAUAAAAUGUAUUAAUGAUGAAUGUCAUAAUCAUUAAUAUUAUUAUUUAAUAACAAUAUUAUGUACAAUUAUUCUCUUAUAUAUUAAUAUAUUUCUCAUUUCAAAAAUGUGUCUUUUAAGGUAACAAUAUUAAUAAAUUAUAAUUUAAACUGUUAAUGUUUUAUGCUCGUCUACUUUUUAUACAUUUUUAAUUAAAAAUUGAAUUAUAUUAUUUAUAUUAUUGAAUAAAUACAUAUGAUAUGUAUUAUUACUUUUUAAAUAAAAAAUUAAAACUUAAUAAUGAAGAGGAAGUAAAUUUCUUUCUACUUAUAGAUGACAAAAGGCUUAGUCAACUACUAAUAUAAGUUAUUUAGAAUAGUCAAUUUUCAACAUUUUGCAUUAUAAAAAAUAAGUAGUAUUAACUCCAUAAUUUAUAUUCAUGUAAUAAUAUAAGUAAAUUUAAAUAAAUACCUAUAUAGUAUUUGACAUUUUGAAAAUUAUUCUUUUAAUUUGAUUAGCCUAUUCAUAAUUUAUAGAUAGCUGGCCUAUUUUUCUAUUUUAAAUUCAUAUUAAUAUGUAUUAAUAUUUACAGAUUAUAAUUAUGGAUCUUCAAGAUACUGGUGAAACAGAUACUCGAAUUAGUUCAAACAAUGAUGCAAAAAAAUGUUGUGAUAAUUCUUUAGCAAAUAACAUUAGUAAUGAAACUAAAACAAAAAAUGAGUAAGCACCAGUUGUUUUAUAAUAUUGUAAAGUAAAUUGUGUAAUUCUAAAUAGUAUUUUGUAGGAAGAGAACGGAUUAUUUAAGUUGGGACGAUUUUUUUAUGGCAACAGCAUUUUUAGUGGCUAAACGUAGUAAAGAUCCUGUAACUCAAGUUGGCGCUUGUAUUGUGAAUCAAGAAAAAAAAAUUGUUGGCACAGGAUACAAUGGAAUGCCUAUUGGAUGUAAUGAUGAUGAAUUCCCAUGGGGUAAAAAUAACCCAGUAGACAAUAAAUAUUUAUAUGGUAAUUAAGUUAAAUUAUAUUUCAAUAUUUCAUGUAACAUUAAUAAUAUGUAAUAAUACAUCUAACUUUCAUUUAACUAUUACAGUAUGUCAUGCAGAAAUGAAUGCUGUUUUAAAUAAAAAUUCAGCAGAUGUCAAUAAUUGUACAAUAUAUGUGGCACUUUUUCCGUGUAAUGAAUGUGCCAAAAUAAUUAUUCAAUCUGGUAUCAAAGAAGUAGUGUAUUUGUCAGAUAAAUAUAGUUACAAAAAAAAAAUGAUUGCUGCUAAAAAGAUGUUUAAUGCGUCAGGUGUAAUUUUUAGACAAUAUAUUCCAUCUAAACAGCAUCUUGUACUUGAUUUUUCAGAAAUAAAUUCCAAUAUGACACAAAUGCCUUGUACACCAGAGAAAUCGAAUGACAAUUAAUUUUUAAAUUAAUAAUUUAAGUGAAAUUUUAUUAUAUUGUUGUUAAAUAGAUAGUAUUUGAAAUAUUUACUGUACCUAUUUAUGUCAACAUAACUAAUUAAUAUCACUUAGUAUUAUUAAUCUUUAUUUGUAUUUGAUAAAAAUAAAUAUCUUGUCAUUUUUAUGUUUGACACUAGUUUUAGAUAUAAUACUCAAUAUACUUAAAUUGAUUUUUAUAAUCAACAGCUCAAAGCAUAGUAAUAUAGAAUG